CGUAUGCUCAUAAUUCACUCAAAUAGUAGCUUUGUUUUUUUUAUUAUUGCAAUUUUAAGGAAGAAAAUGAUAGCUGCGACUUGAGAAUUAAAAUAAGAGAUGAUAAAAGUUGAAGAGAGAGAAGAAAUUAGUAAUGGUUUUAAUGGGAAAAUUGAUGAGCAUGAGAGACAGGUUGGAGUAUUUGAAGGUCCUUUUGUUGUCCACAGACCCUUGUAUUUUCUGACAAAAUUCAUUGGAAUCAUUGAACAUGUAAAGCUUCACUUUACUCUUUCUUUGACCCCUCCACCCACCUCUUCUCUCUCAUCUCUACACAGACAAUUGUAAUCGAAAUAGUAUUAAACUAGAGAAGUACUGCGUUGGAAUUGGUAUAGCCCACAGGCCAACACUCUCUUUCAGCAUUCUCAAAGCCUUUUUCUUUUUCUCUUUCUUUUUUAUCUAUCAGCACAGACACCACACAUAUUUUUGCAAGGAGAGAGAAAAAGUGGAGGUGUCGCCCCUCUAAUUUAUCUCGCUGCCCUCCUUUUCCAUUUUCCUUUUCCUUUGCUCUAUACCAAUAUCAUUUCUAUACCUUAAAGUUCUGAUCUUUGUGACUUCGCGUCGCCUCUUUACUGCUUUUCUUGCUUUAUUUUUCAUCUGGUCCAUUCAUUAGCUAGGUGGGUCUUUCGCUUUUCCGGGAUUUGAUUUCUUUUAGCAUUGUGAGUUUUCGGUGGGGUUUCAUGGAUCCAUCUUGGUAGGGUUUUUGACAGAGAAGAAUUGAUAUUGCAAGAUCUGUGUUUUUCAUGGACCCUUUAAUUUCCUUCUUUUCCAGCUAUUUAUACUUGGCUUCAUCUCUGUGCUGUGUGAUAAUGUUUGAUUGCUAAGGGUUUUUAUUUUAUUUUCCGGGCUACCUCUAGUUUUGUAGAUAAAUUGGUCUCUCUUGCUGCAAUUUGAUGCUGAUCUGAAGCAUAUGCUAUGUUGUUUCCUCACUAAGCAAAGUGAAAAGGCUACAUUUUGAGAUGGUGAUGCUUGAUUUCGAUACUGAAAGGGCAGAUGGCUUGUGUUCCGGCCCUAUGUGAUGGCUCCGUUCAAUCUGUUUGAUUACAAACUUUGAAUUCACUCCAAUGGCCUCAGAAUCAUAUAUCAAGGGUUCCUCAGGAAAGCAAAGCAAAAGUCGUGGAGGGUGUAAAACAGGAAAAUUGGACCCUCUUAUGAAAGAUUUACCCGGUCAUGUGGAAAGUCUUGCCUCAAAGAAAAUUACAACAGAAGCUAUAGAAGAAAAGAAAUCAAACAAUCAUCUGCAGAAGGGGGGCGUUUCGUCUUUGACAGAUAAAAUUGAUUCAAGCUUACAUUUGGGUAAUGCUAAACAAGCACGGACGUUGGAACAAACUGCUGAUCAGGAAACGAAAACAUCAGAUCUUGGGAAUGUAAAGGAUAGAUCAGCAUCUGUAAAAGUUAGUGAUGGAGCAAGCAGCCUCGCAAAGGCUAGUGGAAGCGCCAAGAUAAGUGAUCGAGCUGAUUUCGUUGAGAGUGGCAAGAGCAGUUUGUGUCGGGGUAGCACAAGUACUGAUGUCAGUGAUGAAAGCACUUGCAGCAGUUUCAGUAGCGCUGUUAACAAACCCCAUAAAGCAAAUGAUCUGAGAUGGGAGGCAAUACAGGCAGUCCGCGCGAAAGAUGGGGCCUUAGAUCUGAGGCACUUUAGACUACUGAAGAAGUUGGGCUGUGGUGACAUUGGAAGUGUCUAUCUAUCAGAAUUAUGUGGUACAAAAUGUUACUUUGCUAUGAAGGUUAUGGAUAAGGCUUCACUAGCUAGUCGUAAGAAGCUUUUGCGCGCCCAGACAGAGAGAGAAAUUUUGCAAUCUCUCGAUCAUCCUUUCCUUCCGACUUUGUACACUCAUUUUGAAACAGACAAGUUUUCAUGUUUAGUAAUGGAGUUCUGUCCUGGGGGAGACCUGCAUGGCCUUCGGCAAAGGCAGCCAGGAAAGCAUUUCUCUGAGCAAGCUGUUAAGUUUUAUGUUGCUGAAGUUCUCCUUUCUUUGGAAUACCUUCACAUGUUCGGUAUUGUUUACCGUGACCUCAAGCCUGAAAAUGUCCUCGUGAGAGAGGACGGGCAUAUAAUGUUAUCCGAUUUCGACCUUUCACUCCGCUGUACUGUCAGCCCGACUCUGAUAAAGUCCUCGUCCCUAGAGCCAGAUCCCCAAAGGAAAAACAAUGUUUACUGCGCCCAACCUGCUUGCAUCGAGCCAUCUUGUGUCCAGCCAUCAUGUAUUGUCCCAACUACAUGUUUCGGGCCUCGCUUAUUUUCAAGUAAAUCCAAGAAAGACCGUAAAGCUAAGAAUGAUAUUGGAAACCAAGUUAGGCCGUUACCAGAGCUUAUGGCUGAGCCUACAGACGCGCGCUCAAUGUCAUUCGUUGGCACCCACGAGUACUUGGCACCUGAGAUCAUCAAAGGGGAAGGGCAUGGCAGUGCUGUGGACUGGUGGACUUUCGGCAUUUUCUUGUACGAACUAUUGUUUGGAAAGACACCGUUCAAGGGAUCUGGCAAUCGAGCUACCCUAUUCAACGUGGUUGGUCAGCCCCUGCGAUUUCCAGAAUCACCGGUGGUUAGCUUUGCAGUUAGAGAUCUCAUCAGGGGCUUACUAGUGAAAGAGCCACAGCAUAGGUUGGCAUACAAACGCGGGGCAACGGAGAUCAAGCAGCAUCCCUUCUUCGAAGGCGUGAACUGGGCUCUGAUCCGUUGCGCCACCCCUCCGGAUGUUCCGAGACCAGUUGACAUUGAGAGAAUCCCGGCACCUCCGGCAUCAGCUGGGCAGAAAGCUGCUCCUGCAGCGAAGCUCGCUGCCCCUCAAAGUUGUGACAAUUAUCUAGAAUUUGAUUUCUUUUAGUAGUAGCUCUUCAUGUUUGAGCUACUAUUUUGCUUUCAGUAAGUGACUGGUAUGAGAAAUUUUCCAGACAUUGAAGAGGAUGGAGAGGAGGUUUCUUUGGUUAUGUGUUUGGACAGUUGGUGACGCUCAUGAUUUGUUAUAUUGCAAAUGUUGUAAUAGUGAUGUUGCUAUUAAUCCAUAUAUGCUGCAUAUUCCUUCAA